AUGGAGAAGAGGCUAUCUGAAGAAGUGGUCGCCGGUGUCGAUCCUGCGGAUAUCGAAUCAUCUUCGUCCUCGGAGGUCAACCGAAGCAACAACCAUAAAAACAACAACAACAACAACAGCAGCAAUAACAACAACAAAAUCGAAACGCGGAAUGGCAUUCGCUAUGCCGAGAUCUCAGAGGACGCGCAGAAACGCUACGGGAAGACGGUCAGAGGUCUCGGAAACCGACACGUUCAACUUAUCACCGUCGGAUCGUCUAUCGGGACCGGGAUGUUCAUCGGUAUCGGUUCAGCACUCGCAAGAUCCGGUCCCUUGAGCGUGUUCCUCGGCUUCACUUUCUUCUCCGUCAUCAUGCUCUGGCCACUGUUCAUGGCAGCAGCCGAGAUGUGCUCGUGGCUGCCCGUCCGCGGCUCCAUCUUCCAGUUUGCGGAACGCUACGUCGAUCCCGCUCUGGGAUUCGCCGGUGGAUACGUGUACUGGUACGGCGCCCUCAUGCUGGUCAUUGCCGACUUCACAGGCUGCGCAUCGGUCAUCUCGUUCUGGGACGACGAAACCAACCCCGGCUACUACAUCCUCCUCACGCUGGGUCUUUCGCUGAUACUCAACCUUGUUGCCGUCAAGGCGUAUGGAGAGAUCGAGUUCGCCACGGCCUCGUUCAAGAUCAUGCUCAUGCUGAGCUUGAUCGCGGCGACGUUCAUCACGAUGCUGGGCGGGAACCCGAACAAUGACCGCUACGGCUUCCGGUACUGGGAAACCCCCAUGAAGGAGUAUCUGGAGCAGGGGGCGCUCGGCCGCUUCCUUGGGUUCUGGCGUGUGUUCAUCUAUGCCGCGUUUGCCUGCGGAGGACCAGACGUCGUAAUGAUGACCUCGGCCGAGGUGCAGAAUCCCCGCGUCGUCCUGCCGCGAGCAGCGAAGAAGAUCUACUUCCGCCUCGGCCUGUUCUACAUUCUGGGUACGCUCGCGCUGGGAAUCAUCUGCCCGGCGGACGACCCCACCUUGCUGCGCUCGCUCCAAGACGGGUCGACGGGAUCCGCUACCUCGCCCUGGGUCAUCGGCCUUGAGCGCCACGGGGUCCGCGGUGUGGCCAACCUCGUCAACGCCAUCGUGCUCACCUCUGCCUGGAGCUGCGGCAACGCUUACGUCUACUCCUCGUCCCGCACGCUCUACGCGCUGGCAAUCAACGGUAAGGCCCCCUCCGUUUUCAAGCAGUGUCUCGGCAACGGCGUCCCGAUCUAUGCGCUCGCGGCCGUGGCAGCCGUGUCCAGCCUCACCUUCCUCAACGCCACCCACGCGACCAACACCGUGCUGGGCUGGUUCAUCAACCUCUCCUCCGUCUCGUUCCUGAUCACCUACAUGAUCAUCCUCGUCACGUUCAUCCGGUUCCGCCAGGCGGUCGCCGCCCAGAUCGGCAUCGACGCCCUCUACUUCCGCACGCCAUUCGGGUGCCAGCCCUACGCCGCGUACUUCUCGCUCUGCUUCGCCUUCGUCAUCGUGCUCUUCAACGGCUUCUACAUCUUCUGGCCCGGGGCCUUCACCGCUUCGGGCUUCAUCUCGUGCUACUUUGGCGUCUUUUUUUUCCUCGUCUUGUUUGUCUCCUACAAGGUGGCGAUGAAGACCCGGCUGGUCCCGAGCAGCGCGGCCGACCUCUUUAGUGGCAAGCAGGCGAUUGACGAUGAGGAGGAGGACUUUGUGCGGAGCAAGGCCGGGGUGCGGGUUCCGAGGUAUCAGCGGCUCUUGGACAAAGUCCUGUUGUGA